UUCUAUGACCGACGCUUGCGCUGUAUUGUUCUUUCUGUGAAAGCACAGUUCUUUCACUCAUAAAGUUUUGCUUUGAACAAUUGUGUAUUUUCAAAGCAGGUUGUUGAAAUAUUUGUAUUUUAUGUGAAAUAUAAUUUAAAUAUUGUAUAUUAGAGUUAAAUAAACAGUAUUGAUUAUUAAUAGCAGUUUGCUAAAAGGAAUAUUGAAGUAGUUUUAUUCGUAUUCCUGCUUCAUGUUCCAUCAUGAGUGACUAUUCAGCGGUUGCUCCGCCUCAAAAUUUUAGUCAAAGCUCCGCAUUUGCGGCAGCUUUGCAACGUGCAAAACAAAUAGCAGCAAAGAUUAACCCAGCUGGUGCUCAAAAUAAUCAGGAUGCUAAAUUAAAACGUCCCCUUGAAGAUGGAUCAGAACCCGAGGCAAAAAAAAUGGCAUCAUUAGUGUCAGAUCCAUUAAUAGGACUUCGUGGCCCAGCAGGAAGUAAUUCUUUAGGGGAAUCAAUUAAUCCAACUGGACGAUCAGGACAAGCAGGAUCUUCAUCAGGACCAAUAGGAAAUGUAGGUGGUAUCUGUAAUGAAGAUAUCAGAGUUCCAGAUAACAUGGUUGGUCUGAUAAUUGGCAGAGGUGGAGAACAGAUAACAAGAUUGCAAAGUGAAACAGGAUGUAAAAUACAAAUGGCAUCAGAAAGUGGGCUACCUGAACGUGUUUGCACAUUAACUGGUUCACGAGAAGCUGUCAAUCGAGCUAAAGAAUUGGUAUUAUCAAUUGUAAAUCAAAGAAGUAGAACUGAAGGAAUCGGCGAUAUGAGUGGAAGUAGUGGAGGAAUGAUGGGUCAUCCAGGAUUUGUUGAAAUAAUGAUUCCUGGACCAAAAGUUGGCUUAAUUAUUGGAAAAGGAGGAGAAACAAUAAAACAACUUCAAGAGAAAUCUGGAGCAAAAAUGGUUGUUAUACAAGAAGGCCCUUCACAAGAACAAGAAAAACCUUUAAGGAUAACUGGUGAUCCUCAAAAGGUUGAAUAUGCUAAACAAUUAGUAUAUGAAUUAAUAGCUGAAAAAGAAAUGCAAAUGUUUCAUAGAGGUUCAAGAGGGAGUGACAGGAGUGGAAAUUACUCAAAUGAUAGUAAUUUUAAUCAUGGUUCUGGAACCACUGAUGGAGUAGAGGUACUUGUUCCAAGAGCUGCUGUAGGUGUUGUUAUUGGUAAGGGAGGAGAUAUGAUUAAAAAAAUACAAGCAGAAACUGGAGCAAGAGUUCAAUUCCAACAAGGACGAGAAGAUGGUCCUGGGGAUAGAAAAUGUAUAGUAUCUGGAAAGCAUCAAGCUGUAGAACAAGUGCGUCAACGUAUUCAAGAACUUAUUGAUAGUGUAAUGAGAAGAGAUGAUGGUAGAAGUAAUAUGGGAGCUAGAAGUGGUCCAAGAGGCAAUGGAUUUAGCAAUAAUCGAAAUCCAAAUGAAUAUGGUGGAUGGGAUAGACGUCAAGGAGGUCCUAUGCAAGAUAAAAUAGAAACGACAUUCACUGUUCCAUCUUCAAAAUGUGGUAUCAUUAUUGGAAAAGGUGGUGAAACCAUUAAACAAAUAAAUCAGCAAACUGGAGCACAUUGUGAAUUAGAUAGAAGAAAUCAAAGUAAUGAAAAUGAGAAAAUUUUCAUAAUUCGUGGAAAUCCCGAACAAGUGGAACAUGCAAAAAGAAUAUUUAGUGAAAAAUUAGGCAUGGCUCCAGCUAAUACUUCAUUUACUGGUACACAAGGAGCAAUUGGAUAUAAUCCAACAUGGAAUGCAGGAACAGCUUAUCAAGCCUGGCCAAGUCAACCUCAAUCUACUGAUACAAAUACUGCAAGUCAAACACCUGUUCAAGUAAAUCCACAAACGGGACAACCAGAUUAUAGUGCACAAUGGGCAGAAUAUUAUCGAUCAUUAGGUAUGCAUAGAGAAGCAGAUAUGAUCGAACAACAAGCAAAACAAGGAAAACAAGAUCACAAUCAACAAUCAGGAAAUACACAGAAUCAAUCUAAUACAUCAACACCUAAUGCUGCUGGAUCUACUCAACAACAACAACAACAAACACAACAACAACAACAACAGACAGGAGCAACACAGAAUGGCGGUCAAGCCGAUUAUAGUGCACAAUGGGCAGAGUAUUAUAGAAGUAUUGGUAAAAUAAAAGAAGCAGAAGCCAUAGAAGCUCAAAUGAAAGCAGGCAAGUUGGGAAUACAAAACAAUCAAAUUGCUCAACAACAAAUACAACAAAGUAUACAAGGUCAAUCCGGUCCAACAAGUGGGACUCCUAAUACAUUUCCACAAACUUAUGGUAGUUAUCCAACAAUAAAUGCUAGUUCAACUCCUACGGGUUAUUAUGCAGCAGGAGCUGGAUCUACCACACAACCACAAACCGGUCAACAAAAUCCGUCUUUCCCAACGGGCUAUCAGAACUAUCCUUAUUCACAAACGAAUACAGAAAGUUAAACUUCCAUCAGGAAAAAUAUUAGCUAUAGUUUUCAGAUAGUUUCCCAUCGGGAUGCGGUUAAUGCCUGCUGUAACUUCAUAUACUGUUUACAAUAAAAUUACAAUAGUUGAUCGCUUCGCAAAAUCCAUAAACUUUUGAAAAAUGCCACUAGAACCAACUAUGUUCUAUUUAUACUAUAAUAUUUUGUGUUUUUUAUAUACAUAGAUAUACAUAUUGUAGGAUACUCAUGGUUUUAAUUUUAAGUAACGUGAAAUGCCAGAAAUUUAACACAUUAUAAUAUGAUAUUAACAUGAUGUCUACUUGUGUUCUACUUAUACUAUUGUAUGUAUUUUUGUUCCAUAACACCUGAUUGUAACAUAAAUUCAAACUGGCAGGUGAAGCAGCAGGUCAGAAACAGGAACGGGGAAUCUGCAACAAUAUACCCAUAUUAUGCUUCCCAUUUAUCGUUAAAAAUACUAAAAAUUAUCUUUACCAAUGUAUUCAUAAGAAAAACAUUUAGAUACUUAUUUCAAUAUGUCAUUAUUUAUGUUUCACUGGUUCAUUCAUGAAACAUUUAUCUUUAGUGGAUUAGGAAAAUUAUAAGUAUAAUGGCUGUAAAGACAGCUAAAAUUCGUUUCUAUUGUUUAUGAAUUGUUUUAUCUAUUAUGUAUGCAAGAGAAUAUGAUAUAUAUAUAUAUAUAUGAUGGUCUACGUACACAUAUACACUAUUAUAACAAUACUAAAUACAAUUUUACCUUGGUUCCUUUGCUUUUUCUUGUCAAAUACCACUACUAUUUUAGAUUCUUGGAGCUGCCAGUUGUAGGAAUGUUCUACGAUAAAUUUCAUCAAGGGGAACUACUAUUUUAAAUCUUUCAUUCAGCAUUCUAUGUGUUUAUAUUCAAAGGAAUCAGGACCCGCUAAACUGGAGAAUAAUGGAAUAAUGGAUGGCAUAUCAAAUUAUUGUUUGUUAUAUACAACUUAUAAAAUCAUAUAUAUUAUUUACUAAUUUUAUCAAAUGGUUAUUCACACGAAUGUAUUAAUUAUCGUAAAUAAUUGUCAACAAAUUUUACUAGUCAUAUGUAAAACCUCCAAAUCAUUUAAAUUUUAUCAAAAUU